AUGACGCUUCCAGCACCAAGGACGGGAGAGCUCCUAGGAUUGCUUGGAACACACAGUAUCGGGAAAUCAACUGCUCUCAAACUUUUGGCUGGAGUACUCAAACCUAACCUUGGCCGGUUCACUAAUCCUCCCGAGUGGCAAGAAAUUUUGAAUCACUGCGGUGACAAAGACCUUCAAACCUACUUCACCCAGUUUCUAGAUAAGAAACUAAAGGUCGCUAUGAAGCCACAACAUUUCGAAGACAUGAAAGGUUUUAGUGAACCUGUCAGGAAGCUGCUUGACAAGCACAACGAGAGAGGUAUGAUGAAUGAGAUCUGUGAUAAUCUGGAGUUGAACGAGGUCUUGGACAGGAGAGUCCGUCAUUUAUCUGGUGAUAUGCUGCAAAGGGUUAUGAUUGCUGUAGUCGCCUUACAGAAGGCGGAUGUGUACAUAUUUGAUGAACCAUCAAGCUUACUAGAUGUGAGCCAAAGAUUCAGAGCUGCUCAAGUUAUACGUUCUCUCCUCACUCCCGACAGCUACGUGAUUGUUUCAGACAAUGACAUUAGUGUCCUUGACUAUUUGUCGGAUGCCAUUUACUGUUUCUAUGGGAAACCAGAAGCAUGUGGUAUCGUUUCUCUCCCCUUCAAUGUCAGAGCAGGAAUCGAGAUUUUCUUGGACGGGUUUGACCCCUCACAAAAUUUGCGUAUCAGGGAUGAAUCUCUUAUCUUCGAGGUUGCUAGGACUCCUCGACCACCACCAGCUGGUGGCUGGAGACCAUACAAAUAUCCAAACAUGAGUGAAACCAGUGAGGAUUUCACGCUGGAAGUGCAGGCAGGGGAAUUCACUGACUCUCAGGUUCUUGUAAUGUUAGGGGAGAACAGUACAGGGAAGACCACCAACCUCCAAAUGCUGGCCGGCAAGGUGGCACCUGACUCUCUAGAAAAUUUCAUACGGAUGGAUUAUGUUUCAUACAAACCGCAAAGAAUUGCUUGGAAGGGUGAGUGUACUGUCAGACAAUUGCCAGAACUGAGUCUUCAUUUGGCAGACAUGCAUCCUGAUUUCAUAUCAGAUGUGAUGAAACCGCUUCAGAUGGAGCAGUUGCUUGAUCGAAAAGUAGCCUCACUCUCUUGCGGGGAGACGCAGAGGGUUGCCUUAACUAUCUGCCUUGGGAAGUUUGCGAGUGUCUACCUGAUCGAUGAGCCAGGUGCGUAUCUAGACUCAGAGCUGCGAAUCAACGCUGCAAUGGCCAUAAGGCGACACGUUUUACGCAUGGAGAACGCCGCAAUUGUUGUGGAGCAUGACUUAACAAUGGCGACCUAUAUGGCUGACCAAGUGAUUGUGGUUGAUAAGAUAUCACCAGCCAAGUGUACUGCUAACCCUCCACUCCCACUUGUCAGCGGGAUGAACAGAUUCUUAUCGCAUCUAGAUAUUACAUUCAGACGGGAUCGGAUAAGCUUUAACGCUACACCAAGGGUCAACAAGUUAGGGUCGAUCGAGGACACAAUGCAAAAGGCUGCAGGCAACUACUAUGACGUGUAAAAGAGAGGGAGAGUAUCUCAAAGGUCUUUAUCUGGAUCAUCAGCAAUUAUAUUGAGCUCUAUUAUAAUUAACUAAUUCGUGAGGAUUUAUAUAUAUAGUAUCAAACUACAAGAUCAAUGUCUGAACAUAAAGGAGAUUCAUUCAAUUUUCAUAUAUAAU